AUGAGCAGCGGCUACUUUGGAGGCCUGGGCUGUGGUUUUAACAGCAUCCGCAGACUGGGCUGUGGCUCUGGCUUCGGAGGCUAUGGCUCUGGCUCUGGCUUUGGAGGCCACAGAUACGGCUCUGGCUUUGGAGGCCACGGAUAUGGCUCUGGCUUCAGAGGCUCUGGCUUCAGAGGCUAUGGAUACGGCUCUGGCUCUGGCUUCGGAGGCUACGGAUAUGGCUCUGGCUUCAGAGGCUAUGGAUAUGGCUCUGGCUUUGGAGGCCAUGGAUAUGGCUCUGGCUUUGGAGGCUACGGAUAUGGCUCUGGCUUCAGAGGCUAUGGAUAUGGCUCUGGCUUCGGAGGCCACGGAUAUGGCUCUGGCUUCGGAGGCCACGGAUAUGGCUCUGGCUUCGGAGGCUACGGAUAUGGCUCUGGCUUCGGAGGCUACUGA